AGUGGUUGACUGCUUUGGUUAUAAGCGUUGUUUGCUGUUUCGUGAAUGUUUUCAAUUGGAAAGUGUUAAAGAUUUAAACAAAUCGACAUUUUCGCGUGUCCCCAUGAACUAUUCGCAAGUUAUGAUUACUAGUGGCACUAUUUGCUAAACAGGAUUUUAUUGUUUUGUUAGCUAAUUACAUAACAAAUCGCAAACGGAUUUUGGUGUCCCGGCGUGUUGUGUAACCUGUUGGACCAGUAUGGAUUUAAUGUGCAAUUUUUGUCUCUGCCGUAGACCAGAUAUAUCUCUAGAGAACAAAAUUCUUCGCGCAAAAGUGGAUCAAGUUUUUUACUUCGAGAUUUUUCGUCGACAUGAUGAUACGGCAAUGAUUUGCACGACGUGUAAAGAUACCGUCGUACAAUUCUAUGCCUAUGCAGAGCAGGUGAACAGAAAUCAACAAACUCUGCGAUUAACCGGUCUUCCGUCUACGAGCGGGCAUGAUGCGACUCAGCGGGAAGCCGAUGGCACUUUGGUUAAGCUUGAAUGCUCGUUGGUAGAUGACCAUGAAGAAUAUGAAACGGAGUGGGUAGAUGUGAUGGAAAAACUUGAAACAUCGAUUCAUCAGGAAUCCAGCAUGGAGGAAGAUUCAAAGAGUCAAAUCAAACGAAGACACGAUUCUGAUUCUGAAAGCGAAAAUGAACAAGACGACGACACAACAGGUGAUGGAGAGUGGGAAGCACCUGCAGUAGAAGAAGACACUGGAGAAACAUCUCCAAAACCUAAGUUGAAACGAAAGUAUACCAGAAGGAAGGUAACACCAGUAAGACCUUCGGUUCAGAAGAAAAAUUCCACGCAGUAUGCAGAUGAAUCGUAUAGUGAAGAAUCAGUUCUUCAAAAUUUCAAUCUUGUGUGCGAUUUGUGUUCCAAACCUCUAGAAGAUUUUAAUGAGCUACGCGAGCACUUCAAAGAGGCUCAUGGCCAGCAGGGAUACAUUAAAUGUUGCGACAAGAAGAUCUUUAAAAAAUGCUGGAUGAUCGAGCAUCUGCAGGUCCACCUGAAUCCGGAUACAUUCCAUUGUGACAUUUGCAAUAAGAGUUACAGUUCGAAAAGAGUGCUAAAUGAUCAUAAUAAAGAGGUUCAUGCAUCGGAAGAACAACGGGCUCUGAAGUGUGAAGGUUGUACCAAACGUUUUGCAUCGAAACGUCACCUCAAUGCGCAUAUGUCGAUGGCCCAUGGAUCUUUCCCAUGCCCACAAUGCCCACGGACACUGGCAUCGCAGGGAUCACUCAAGCAUCAUAUUCUAACAAUACACGGCGAAGGAGAGCAAUUCAUUUGUGACAUUUGUGCGCGUGUUUAUCGCACCAAGCGUUGUCUGGAGACGCAUGUCAAGGGUCAUUUGGGAACCCGUCAAGAGGAUAAAGUUCAGUGUACGGUUUGUGCUGUUUGGUUCACCAAUAAGUAUCAACUGACAAAGCAUAUGAAUCGCAUUCACAUUUUGCCGGAGCAAAUGUUGGAGUGUACCUUGUGUGGAAAGCAACUGCGCAACCGAGAGGCACUUAACGGACACAUGCACCGAGCGCACACCGAAAAUCGAUUCGAAUGUGAAUUUUGUGCCAAAACAUUCAAACGGCCACAUCAUAUGAGGGAACAUGUGGCCAUUCACCACACCGGAGAAGAUCUUUACGGUUGUAACUACUGUGAUGAACGCUUCAAUUCGAAGAACAAGCAGUACACGCACAGGAAAAAUGUCCAUCCUGUGGAGUUUGAGGAGGAAAUGCGGCGGCGUAUUAUGAAAGACUAAACUGUCAUACGAACUUUAAUCUCUUGCAUUGUGUGUAAGGAGGCACGUUUCUGGAGCGCUAUCUGUGUGAAAGAUAGGACCUUGACAUUUUUUUAUACAGUACUGACCAAUCCAAUUUGAUUUUGUUCAUUCGUAAAAUUUUACUGAAAAGUGACCGCAUGCUUGAUUUUUUUGCAAAGGUAAGGUACCGCCAUUGAACCAAUGAAAUUAUAAUAAAAAUAAUGGUAAAGUACCCUUCUACUGAACAAUUUAUUCUCAGGAACCAAAGUUCUACCACCGAACUGAUCAUUUGCAAUCUUUCACACAGGUAUCUAAAUAGACUUUUCACGGUUGGUUACAUGUAAACCGCUUAGUUUAGCAUUACAUUAAGUUUUGAAUAAAAAG